UCCCGAGACCCCGACUCCCAUCAUCCACUCUUUUCGUUACGUUUCCAAAUUACCCUCCCUUUUCCUUUCCUGUUUUUGUUCUUUGUUCGUUUGUUUGAGCAUUUUAGAACUAUUUCCGUGGUUGGUUACUCAUCACUCAUUAUCAUAACUCACAUUGCUCAAUCACAUAAUACUAAAAUUCAUAUAAUUUCUUUGAUUUCACAUCCCAAACUACCAAUUUUAGUCCAAAUUCUCUCUCUUUUCGACGGGGUUUGAUUAUUUAUUUUGAUUUUUUGAUGUUGAUUUGAGUUGGUUUUAUCAUGGAAUUCGUAUCCCCAAAUUGCACAACCAAUUCACCUUCAUAUCUCUCGAUUUCACCUCCUUCACCGCUCCUAUCUAUUCUACCCAAAAGAGUAAAUUUCAAGUCAAAAUUCAAUACCAAGUUUAGAAACCCAGCAAAAUCAUUAGUUGUUAGAGCAAAGGCAUUGCAGCUUAGCAAAAAUGGUGGAAAUAGUGCCCUGGAUCAGCUUGACAUUGAACGUGGUAUUUGUGUGCCAUUUCGCAAGUAUACGCCUGAGGCGGUGAGGAGUAAGGUGUUGGGAUCCAGAGGCGCGAUUCUGUCUUUGAUUGAACGUGGUGUUGAGAUAGUGUGGAACCUAGGCUUCUACUGGGUUACGCUAUCAUAUGAUAGUUUAGUUGGUAGAGAUGAAGAAGUUGUGCCAUAUCGAGCAAGGCAGCUCAGAAAUCUGUUAUGUGACUUAGGGCCGUCUUUCAUCAAAGCUGGGCAGGUUCUUGCUAGCAGACCUGAUAUAAUCAGAGAAGAUUACAUGAACGAACUAUGCAUUUUGCAAGAUGACGUUCCACCGUUUCCUAACCAGGUUGCCUUCAAAAUCAUAGAAGAGGAUCUAGGGCAGCCUCUUGAGGCCAUAUUCAGCAAGAUUUCAUCACAGACAAUAGCGGCUGCAAGUUUGGGUCAAGUUUAUCGGGCCACCCUUCGUGCCACAGGGGAAGACGUUGCUAUUAAGGUACAAAGGCCUAACAUAGAGCCCAUAAUUUACCGAGACCUUUUUCUCUUCCGCACUCUUGCGUCAUUUUUAAAUGGCAUCAGUAUUCAGAAACUAGGCUGCAAUGCGGAGCUGAUUGUCGAUGAAUUUGGUGAGAAGCUUUUGGAGGAGCUCGAUUAUACCUUGGAAGCUGGUAACAUUGAAGAGUUUUUAGAGAACUUUAAAGAUGAUCCUACUGUCAAAAUUCCUAAAGUUUACAAGCAGUAUUCUGGAUCACGCGUUCUAGUGAUGGAAUGGAUUGAUGGAAUUCGAUGCACUGAUCCUCAGGCUGUUAGAGAUUCAGGCAUUGACAUGGAUGGAUUUUUGACUGUUGGAGUUAGUGCUGCGCUGAGGCAGUUACUAGAGUUUGGGCUGUUCCACGGGGAUCCUCAUCCUGGAAAUAUAUUUGCUAUGCGUGAUGGACGAAUUGCAUAUGUGGAUUUCGGAAAUGUUGCUGUUCUGAGCCAGCAAAAUAAACAGAUUCUGAUAGAUGCUGUUGUCCAUGCUGUGAAUGAGGAUUACGCUGAAAUGGCAAACGAUUUCACUAGGCUUGGUUUCCUGGCUAAGGGAACUGAUGUGGCUCCUAUUGUUCCUGCAUUAGAAGCCAUAUGGCAGAAUUCUCUUGGGAAAGGGGUAUCGGAAUUUAAUUUUAGAAGUGUCACCGGUAAAUUCAAUCAGCUUGUUUACAACUAUCCAAUCCGAAUUCCAGAAAGGUUUUCACUUGUUAUCCGAUCUCUAUUGACGCAAGAAGGCAUCUGCUUAUCUCUGAAUCCGUAUUUCAAAUUUCUGGAGGUAGCUUACCCAUAUGUGGCAAAGCGUCUUCUUACAGAUCCAAAUCCUGCUCUUCGUGAUCGUCUCAUCCAGGUACUUUUCAAAGAUGGGGUUUUUCAGUGGAAACGGCUGGAAAAUUUGAUUGUGCUGGCAAAGGAGAACGUUUCAAGAAUGAGCAAAACUCCAGCAUUGCAACUCAGAGACUCUCAAGGGAAUGAACAAGCAGCCUCCAAGUUGGACCUUACAGAUACAAUCAAGGACGGAGCACGACUGUUCCUGAGUGAUGAGGGUAUUCGUAGACAACUAGUUCUUGCUAUGACUGAAGACUCAAAGCUUCAUAUACAAGAGCUUUUAGAUGUGUACCGAUUGGUUGAGGAUCAAGUAGAUGCGCCUACUGUCGCUGUGGAAGUUGUUCGAGACUUGCCAAAUAUGGCACGCGAUGUUUUACUUUCUUGGAGCAAUUCGGUUUUGUAUGACUGAAGCUGGGAGUUGUACAGGUUGCUGUAGAAUCCAUAUUCUUCCUUGUAUAUGCUGAAAUUAGGGAUGAAAUUCUGAGGCCUGGUAAUUUUGUAGAGAAAAAAGGGUUAAUCAGAUGUGUCAUACUUUGUAUUAUAUGUAAAAGGCAGGAGACCACAGUUUUGGGUUUGUAUAUAGGACUAUAGGAGAUGCCUAGGUUACUUCUCACCAUUCCAUCACACGUUCUUUGUAACAAUUUUGUAUAUUGCAAAUAAUUAUUAAUUAUAUCUGAAAUUGAAUUGAAAA